AUGGCUGCCUUUUUGCCCCUCCUCACAGAGGAAAACUCUUCGCUCUAUAUCGCUCUCAACCGUCUCGGUCCCGUCAUUAUCGAUGCAAAAAAUCCAGCACCCCUUCCGCAACCCCCACAGAGCUCGUAUCUACUUGUAGACCAAAAUACACCUGUUGAUCUCCAGGCUACUGCUGCAUGGUUGGAUGAGGGCGUCGACAAGGUUAUCGUAUCCCUUUCACUUGCAAAGGAGCUGAUUGGCACUAUACCCUCAGAUCGGCUUCUUUUGCUCUUGGACGUUGCAAACGUCAGCGCAGUUUCCGACAAAGUUCGCAAUGGGGUUACAGGAGUCCUACUCAAAACCCCUGCAAUAGACUUUGAUUUGAUUUCAUCGGUCUCCAAGUUCUUCGUAGGAUCAGCCAUCUACGUCCUUUCAGGAUCGGAUACCCCACCCUCCACAGCUAAUAUCCGUGAACUUCAAAGGAUCGGGGCAACCCUCGUUAUUCCCGAUUACCAGCUUACUCUGGAAGCGACAUCUACAACUCGCAUCAACGUCGCAGACGCCUUCCUAGCAGCCGUUGUGUCAGAUCGUCCUGAUGGCUUAUUCCCAACCGUUGUCACAAACCAAACCGGCCAUUCACUUGGCUUGGUUUAUUCGUCGAGAGAAUCUGUCAAAGAGAGUAUCAUUACCGGCAAAGGUGUAUAUCAGUCAAGAAAGCACGGCUUAUGGCGCAAAGGCGAAACCUCAGGCGCAACCCAAGACGUUGUCCGCAUUCGUUCUGAUUGCGACUCAGACAGCCUUGAAUUCCGCGUUGUGCAACAUGGGGUUGGGUUUUGUCACCUCAAUCGGCAGUCAUGCUUCAGCGAAGCCAGAGGUCUUCCUGCUCUUGAAAAUACCCUCAAAUCGCGUCUUCAAUCCGCCCCCGAAGGCUCCUAUACCAAGCGUCUCUUUACAGAUCCUGAUCUUCUUCGAUCAAAAAUUAUGGAGGAAGCCGAUGAGCUCUGCCAAGCGACCACGAAAGAUGACAUUGCGUUUGAGGCAGCUGAUCUUUUUUACUUCGCCCUCACAAAAUGUCUGGCAGCAGGAGUCGAAAUUUCCGAUAUUGAACGAUCCCUUGACCUGAAAGCAAAGAAGGUAACUCGAAGACCCGGAAACGCUAAACCACAAUGGGUGUCCAAAACGUCCUCCCCAACUGUUGCUUCUGUUGCCGCUACCUCUGCUACCCAAAGCAAAGCUGCGGUCGAUACAGAUGCACCUAUCAAGAUGCGUACUUCAGAUCUGUCGACUUUAUCUUCUGCAGAGCGUCAAGAACUUUUGCGCCGCCCAGUCCUUAAAUCAGACGAAAUGAUCGAAAAAGUUAAACCAAUAGUUAAAGAGGUUCGCAAAAGAGGAGACGAUGCCCUGCUGGAAUUUACUGCCAAGUUCGACCGUGCCCAGCUCUCCUCUACCGUAGUUUUUCCUCCUUUCGCACCAGAAUCUAUGGUCAUUGACGACGAUGUCCGUAAAUCCAUUGAUAUCGCAUAUUCCAACAUCUACAAAUUCCACGCCGCACAGCUGGAUGCCUCUACUCUCGUCGUCGAAACCAUGCCUGGUGUCGUAUGCUCGCGUUUUGCGCGCCCGAUUGCCCGCGUCGGUCUAUAUGUACCAGGCGGCACUGCCAUUCUCCCUUCUACCGCUCUAAUGCUCGGCAUUCCUGCUCAAGUCGCUGGAUGCAAAGAAAUUGUUCUCGCCACUCCUCCACGAGCAGAUGGGUCCAUUUCUCCCGAGGUGAUGUAUGUCGCUCACCUUGUCGGCGCUUCAGCUAUUUUAAAGGCGGGGGGUGCCCAGGCCGUAGCCGCUCUGGCAUACGGAACUAAAACUGUGCCGAAGGUUGACAAGAUCUUCGGACCAGGGAACCAAUGGGUUACUGCUGCAAAGAUGCUGGUCCAGAACGACACCGAUGCACUUGUAUCAAUUGAUAUGCCUGCUGGUCCGUCGGAGGUGCUUGUUAUCGCAGACCAUACCGCCAAACCUGCCUUUGUAGCGGCUGAUUUGUUAUCACAGGCUGAGCACGGUGUCGAUUCUCAGGUCGUUCUCGUUGCGGUUAAUCUUACCCCUGAACACCUCGCUGCAAUUGAAGGGGAAGUGGAUGUGCAAGCCCAUGCCCUCUCAAGAGUGGACAUUGUAAGGCAAUCCAUCAAUAAGAGCAUCAUCGUGAAGGUCUCCAACGUCGAUGAAGCCAUUGCAUUCUCCAAUGACUAUGCACCUGAACAUCUCAUUCUACACCUUGAAAAUGCAAGUCGGAAGGUGGCCCAGAUUGAUAACGCUGGUAGCGUCUUCGUGGGGCCCUAUACGCCUGAAAGCUGUGGAGAUUAUGCAUCUGGUACAAACCACACACUUCCUACGAACGGUUAUGCAAGGCAAUUUAGCGGAGUAAACACACAAUCGUUCCAAAAACAUAUUACUUCGCAAGAGAUCACAGCGGCAGGUCUUGAUGGACUGGGACCUGUCGUUGCCACUCUUGCCGAUUGCGAGGGCUUGCAAGCACACGCGAAUGCUGUCCGGAUCCGUCUUCGCGAUAGAGAAAACUGA